AUGGCAGCUUAUGGAGCUUUGGUUUCUCUUAUGCAUAUCAUAGAUCGGCUUGAAAAACAUCCUUCCCCUCCAAUUUCUAUCCACAAACAACAAGUUGAACCUCUCACUGAAAUUGUUACUUUCUUGCAGGAUUGUCUUGAUGCUUAUAUUUCCCCAGUUGCCGAUGAGCAUGAAGCGUAUCCAUUGGAGCAUCGCAUUGCUAAUGCAGUUUAUGCAGCUGAGGAUGUCAUCGAAUCCCAAAUUGUGCUUCAAAUUGAUAACCGAUCCACAAUUCGUGGGAGGAUGUCCAGUUUUAUCAACUUGUUUCGAGCUCUGUGUAAAUGCGUAACUAUUGAGGAGGACUUCUAUCACGAUCUACAACAAGUGAUAGAAGAAAUGAAUUUGAUCAAGAAGGAAGCCAUGGAGAUUGCAACCGCAGCUGAUCAACUGCAGAGAAAGGUCUCCUCAACUCAUGCUGCCUCCUCUUCCACUGUUAUCAAGAAGGAAGCCAUGGAGAUUGCAGCAGUAGCUCAACUGCAGAGGAAGGUCUCCUCAACUCAUGCUGCCUCCUCUUCCACUGUGAAGGAAAGCAUGAUGGUGGGCUUCAACGAGGUGUUACUUCAAGUGCUGGAUAAGCUCGCCGGAGGUCAACUCAGUCGCCAAAUCAUCCCAAUUAUGGGGAUGGGCGGCAUUGGUAAGACAACUCUUGCCCGACAUGUAUUUCAGCAUGCGCUUGUUAAAGAGCAUUUUGAUAUUUGUGCUUGGACUACAAUUUCUCAGACUUAUAAUGCGAGAGAAACACUUAGAGAAGUUCUUUUCCAAGCAAGUGGAAAUUCAUGUAGUGAUGAUCUGAGUGAGGGCGAAUUGGGAUUAAAACUAUACCAGUAUUUAUGGGGUAGGAGGUAUCUCGUAAUUAUGGAUGAUAUGUGGAGUAUAGAGGUGUGGGACAAGAUCAGGUCUUCCUUUCCUGAUUGCAAUGAUGGGAGUCGAAUUAUUAUAACAACUAGGAUGUCAAACUUGACUUCGCAGUUGAGAGAGUCUUAUGGCGUUGGUAUGAAAUUUCUAGAUGAGGCUAGUAGUUGGGAUUUGUUCUGUAAGACUGUGUUUGGGGGAGAAAGUGUUCCUCGAGAGUUGGAGGAUAUUGGAAAGGAUAUUGUAGCAAAUUGUAAAGGUCUUCCUUUAUCAAUUGCUACAAUUGGAGGCCUUUUGGCGAAAUCUAAGCGCACUAGAGAAUAUUGGGUCCGUAUAAAGCGAAAUUUAAAUUCAAUUGGGAUUACGAAUAAUCAUGAAUUUUGCUUGAAAAUAUUGAGAAUGAGCUAUACGUAUCUACCCAACUAUUUGAAGCCAUGUUUUUUGUAUAUGGGUGUUUUUGAGGAAGAUCAUUCAAUUCGUGCGUCAUUAAUGCUGAAGAAGCUAUGGGUUUCAGAAGGAUUCUUGAAACCGACGAGUACUGGCAAAUGCUUGGAAACAAUAGCAGAAGAGUACUUGAGGGAGUUGGUGGAUAGAAAUCUCAUAAUAGUUGAUAAGUUGGGGCUUAGUGGAAAUGUAAAGUUUUUUAAGAUUCAUGAUUUGUUGAGGGACGUGUGCUUGAAAGAAGUUAAAACAGAGAGGUUUUAUCGUAUCAUACAAAAGUCUCCUUUAGUACUCAAAAAUAAGUAUAAUAUUAUCAUAGAUGAGUCUCCUCCAGUCAUAGAUUACCUACAUCGUCGGUUUGUUUUUCAAAAUGCUAGUAAAUGGGUAAUAAGGGAAGUCUUAGGAUCUUUGCCACAUGCUCGUUCUAUAAUAUGUGUUGGGGAGGGGAAAAGUUUUGAUAUGCCUCACAAUUUCAGAUUGUUGAGAACAUUCAAAUCAUAUAAUGGAUAUGGACAUGGUUUACAUUUAGGCGAUGCUUUCCAAUUGGUGAACUCACGGCACCUUGCUAUUAAAGUUGAUUGGACAUCCAAAUUCCCGUCUUCAAUCAAUUUGCUUUGGAAUCUGUCCACGUUAAUAGUUUACGGGUCUUCACCCGAAAAGUAUGUUGCAAUGCCAUGGGAACGUAAGUCACGUGGUUGGAAGGUUGCGCCGAUUGAGAUUUGGAACGUUGCAUCAACUUAG